CAGGUUAAAGCUGCGACCAGUGUUGAAAUCUGUCUCUCUCUUCAUGGGGCUCUAUUUGCAUCAAGGAGGAGCGAGCGUCCUGCGGGGUUUCUCCUGGAACCUGCUCCUCAAAUAUAAAGCUCCCCCUCACAGAGCAAACACUGAAUCAGAGCAGACGAGUGGCGCUACACCAGCACACGCCUGUUUGUACGUGGGUCACCUGAGCACCACAGCCACUGGCCCGACUUUCCGCGUGGGUCACUAUCACAAAGAGUUAUACCAAGAAUAUUUUCACUUGCUGCGCGUAAAGUUUGGAGCAGAGCGCGCGCAGAUGGCUGCUCUCAUCAGCGCGUACUCGUCGUGGCCGGAGUCCUUCGAGUGCCCUUCGGCAGAUGGAGAUGGGUCCGAGGGGCCUCACAGGAGCGCAGUGGACAAGGCUCCGGAGCCACGGAUUCGACGACCCAUGAACGCGUUCAUGGUCUGGGCCAAAGACGAGCGCAAACGACUGGCUGUACAGAACCCGGAUUUGCACAACGCCGAACUUAGCAAAAUGCUCGGUAAGUCAUGGAAGGCCCUGACUCCCCCUCAGAAGAGGCCCUAUGUGGAGGAAGCUGAGCGGCUCCGCGUGCAGCACAUGCAGGACUAUCCCAACUACAAGUACCGUCCUCGCAGGAAGAAGCAGCUCAAACGCAUCUGCAAGCGGGUGGAACCCGGGUUCCUGCUGAGCAGCCUGGCUCCAGAGCAGAGCUCUCUGGUGGAGCAGCGAGUGCUGUGCCACCCCCUGGACAAGGAGGACGGGGGCUUCUCUGGACCGGGCCCGAUUCUGCCCGGGGUCCGGACAUUCAGAGAUCCAGCCACUUCUACCAGUACCAGUGGCACCAACAGUGGCUUUGACACUUAUCCCUAUGGCCUGCCCACUCCGCCGGAGAUGUCCCCAUUAGACGCUAUGGACCAUGAGCACGUACCCUCAGCUUACUACUCUUCAACUAGCUCCUGCUCCUCUUCCUCAGCCUCGUGUCCAGAGGAACAUCAGAAUCACAUGGGCAACCCACCCCCGUACCACACUGACUAUUCUCAGUCUCAGAUACACUGCGGCCACGUCCCUCACAUGUCCCAAACUAACACUGGACUCAUGACUGCCCCACCACUUUCCUACUUCAGCGCUUCUUCUUUCCCUCAGGUCCACCACAGUGUCCAACAAGGACACCUGGGUCAGCUGUCCCCACCACCGGAGACACAGGGACACCUGGAGACUCUGGACCAAUUGAGCCAAGCAGAGCUCCUGAGUGAGGUGGACCGAAAUGAGUUUGACCAGUAUCUGAACUCCACGGGGACUGGCUUCCACCCAGAGCAGAGCAGCACCAUGACAGUGACGGGACAUAUUCAGGUGGCAUCAUCUGCCACCGCUGGCCCUAGCAGCUCCUCAGAAACCAGUCUGAUCUCUGUGUUAGCAGAUGCCACAGCGGCAUACUACAACAACUAUGGCAUCUCAUAAGCGCCACUGGUCCAUCAAAGAUACAUGGUUCAAGAAUAAAGAUGCUGGGUUGAUUUUGUAGCAUAAGAAACUGAACAGAGCAUGAAUGAUUGUGUAGAAACACUGGGGGAUGUGAAUGAAAAGGACCCGGCUGCCUCAGGGAUGCAAACACUUGUGUGUCACCUCCAGCUGUCUGAGGAACUAUCUAAAGACUUGUCCCCCUGUAAAUGUCACACUUACUGUUGCCUCCAUGGCAUGUACAUAGAACUGCUCCUUCAAAAGCUAAUUUAAGUGCUUAGAUGUUUUUGACUGUAAUACUGAUUGAUGAAUUCAUUCUACUGUUAAUGACAUUUGCUCCCUGCCUCUUGGGCUUAGAAGAGUCCAUUACCUCAGUUGCUGUAAAAUGGAUGAGGUCUUGUUUGGAUAUUUUAUAUGCAAUCUAAAAUUGUGUGUAUAAUGAGAAAAAGACACGGAGUUUAAACUACUUCUCAAGUACCUAAUAUUUAAUCAUAGCCUCUAAAAUGGAAAAUAAUAAUGGCAAAUAUAGAGUAUGCUGAUUUAGGUUUGUGAAAGACACUAAUUUAAAAUAAAGUUCAUUUUUACAUAAAA